AGACUAUUAAAAAAAUGUGUGAGCUUUUACAAUUCCACAACAUUUAGACUCACUCGAGAGAGAGAGAGAGAGAACUGCAAAAAGAAUGCAGGAUUAACGAGUUGAACUCGCUGCGAAUACUGAGUUGAGUUAGGUUUCGAAAAUCGAAAUUACCAUCCACUGCUUCUUCACCGCCAUGUCCAAAAGAUAUGCCACUGUUCCCUCUCCCUUAAAAAAGAUAGCCAUUAAAGCCUCAACCCUAACCUAUCACUUGUGAAAGCUGACACAUUUACUAUUUCUUUCCUUCUCUCUCUUUCUAUCUCAGGGUUUAUUUUUUUCCUGUCCUUUUUUUUCUUACUUUGUUGUUGACAGAUAUCAUCAGUUGCAAGCAAUCAUACCGACAACAAAAACGACAACGUAGCCUCGCCGGAACAUGUUGGAAUACGAAUGGGGAAACCCGUCAUCGGUACAAUUAUCGGGCGAAGAGACAACCCAAGAACCCGACCCGACUCGUCAGAUUUUGCAUCAUUAUGCCACCACCGACCAACCUUUCAACGGAACUCUCCUUUCCCAUCAAAACAGCACCGUCUUUUCUCACCCAAACCAUUUCCAUAGCCCUAACCAAGCUCAACUACACGCCAAUUUUCAUUCAUUAUAUGAUCCGCACUCCUACUACUCCGGCGCGUCCGCGUACUCCACGGUCCACGCGUCUUUGCUCUCACUGGACCCUGUUCCCGGUGUUGGAGGAGACGGAGGCGGUUACUUUCCUGUUCUGAAGACGGAGGAAGUUCCUAUACCUGUUGAUUUCACGGCGAGGAUUGGUCUCAACUUGGGUGGCCGUACUUACUUCUCCUCCGCCGAAGAUGACUUUGUGAAUCGGCUCUAUCGCAGGCCCAGGCCCAGGCCCGGAGAUCUCAGCUCAACCAAUUCCCCCAGGUGUCAAGCCGAGGGAUGCAACGCUGAUCUUACCCACGCUAAGCACUACCAUCGCCGCCAUAAAGUCUGUGAGUUCCAUUCCAAAGCUUCUACCGUCAUCGCCGCCGGUUUAACACAACGAUUCUGCCAACAGUGCAGCAGAUUCCAUCUACUGUCGGAAUUCGACAAUGGGAAGCGUAGCUGUCGGAAGAGAUUGGCUGAUCACAAUCGACGGAGGCGAAAAUCUCAACAGCAACCCAAUACUAGUCAAGAGAACCAUAAGCACCUCCCCUCAUCUGAUAAUCACUCAAGGUCACCGCCAGAUUCUGGGGUUCAGUCUUCUUCUUCAGUAACGGUGGCAGUAUCGCCACCGCGAAUGUCAUUGGAUUGUUUCAAGCAAAGACCUUACAAUGGAUCGGCAUCUUCAUCAUCGUCCCCCACACUUUUUUUCUCAACUGGGUAAUUACUAACAAGUAAUGCCAUUCAACCAUAUUAUAUAUAUAUAUAUAUAUAUAUAUAUAGACAAUGAAAAUAUUGGAAGAAGGUAGCCAAGGAAUCAGCUUUUGCAAU